AUGGCGUUCAAGAAUUCCUGUUUCCAUUUCUUUGUCACCUUCAUCUUCAUUGCCGUCGUAUUUUGUGCUUCAACUCUUGGCAACCGGAGUAGGUCCGGCACCGCCGUCCGUGAAUACCAAAUUCCGCCGCCGUCUGGAGCUCCGUUGACGUCCACUGCGUUCAACAUGCCAGCGGCGCAACCAAGAACGGAGCAGUUUUCUGCAUGGCUUCCGGGCGGCGAGUGGGUGCUUCUGCACGCUAGCGUCGGCGUCUCCGCCAUGCACAUGCAGCUCAUGCCGGACAACAAGGUGGUGAUGUUUGAUCGGACGGACUUCGGAGCUUCAAAUCUCUCCCUCCCUGACGGCAAGUGCCGCGAUAACGACGAGGUUAUUGCCCGGGACUGUACAGCGCAUUCUCUUCUCUACGACAUUUCGUCGAACACCUACCGUGCACUCAUGGUGCAGACCAACGUCUGGUGCUCCUCCGGCGGGUUGGACCCCAACGGAACCCUAAUCCAAACCGGCGGAUACCACGGCGGCGACCGGAGAAUACGCACGUUCACUCCCUGCAACGACGAUCUCUGCGAUUGGGUUGAGCUCGAGCAGAAUCUCACCAUACAGCGAUGGUACUCCUCCGAUCACAUUCUCCCCGACGGCCGUUUCAUUAUCGUCGGCGGCCGGCGAGCUUUCAGCUACGAAUUCUUUCCGAAGCAUCCAAACACAACGAAUUUAGCUUAUCAGCUUCGAUUCUUGGUGGAAACAAAUGACCUAAAAGAAGAAAACAAUCUUUAUCCGUUUUUGUAUCUUUUACCGGACGGGAACUUGUAUAUCUUCGCCAAUCAGCGUUCCAUAGUUCUUGAUUAUCAAAACGACCGCGUUUUGCGAGAGUUCCCGCCGAUUCCCGGCGAGAAAAGGUCGUAUCCGGCGACCGGUUCGUCGGUAAUGCUGCCGUUGCGUUUAACCGGAGAUUCGUUUCCGGAGGUGGAGAUUCUAGUCUGCGGCGGAAAUAAAGGAGGCGCGUAUCUUAAAGCGGAGAAAACGCACGUGUACGAGCCGGCUUCACGCACGUGCGGGCGGAUGAAGAUAACGGAUCCGUUUCCGGUUUGGGUCAUGGAGGAUAUGCCGAUGGGUCGGGUCAUGGGAGAUAUGUUAAUAUUACCCGUCGGUGAUGUUAUCAUCCUCAACGGCGCGGCGAAGGGAACCGGCGGGUGGGAGAACGGUGAGGACCCGGUUUUGAACCCGAUUCUGUACAAGCCACGUGAGCGUGACCCGAGGAAAAGAUUCUCUGUGCUCACCCCCACUGUAAUCCCAAGGAUGUACCACUCAUCCGCGAUCCUCUUGCCAGAUGGCAGGAUCCUAGUGGGCGGGAGCAACCCGCACACGAAAUACAAUUUCACCACCGAAAGAUACCCGACGGAGCUAAGUCUACAAUCCUACGCGCCGCCGUAUCUCUCCCCAAUCUACGCCUACCUCCGCCCGUCGAUCCUGUCAAUCGAGGCCGGCGGCGGCGGAAACGCCGUGAUUUACGGCGAGAGAUUCGCCGUGACGUUCACGAUCGCGAUGCUCAAUCCCGGCGGGCUCGCCGUGACGAUGAUCCCGCCGUCGUUCACCACUCACUCCUUCGCCAUGAAUCAGCGCAUGUUAGUGCUGCACGCCGUUUCGCUGCAGCGGCUCUCGGUGUUCGCUUACAAGGUGACGGUGGACGCGCCGCCGACGCGUAACGUGGCGCCGCCGGGGUAUUAUAUGGUGUUUUUGGUGCACCAGAGUGUUCCUGGACACAGUGUUUGGAUUAGGAUGCAUUCUUGA